AACAACAUCCCCUCAGUUACUGGGAAGCGCGGCCGGAGAGCGUACACGACCCUCUCUCCUCGGAGCGAACAGGCCACGCUGACUCCUACGACGCUCGACAGGUAGUCCGUGGCGACACUCUGGAAAAGCCUUUGUGAUUUCGUCGUAGAACCUAUUGAGCUAGUGUUGUGAUGUGAUGAAAAAACACUGUUAAUGAGCUGACAAGAACAGGUGUUAAUUAAAUCCAAGCACUGAGCUGCUUCUGCUAAUACUCAACAGUGAUACGUACAAGUGAGAACAUAUUACUUCUGGUCGUUCAGGAAUUUCAGAUAAGAUGACCUACAUUCAGUUUUGCCCUUGGAUAUAAAAAAGCCGAGUUUAUAAGAAAAGGUGCACCAAUGCAGGAGAUCAAAUGGUUUGAAUUCUAUUGAAUAUUUUAAUAAAAAACAUACAGUCGUGCAGAACAUCAAGAGCCGACGCAGGGGAUUCCGUUAUAAACACGGACCUUCAUCUUACAUGAUGCUUCAAGUGCCCCUACUUCCCUUGCACAAAUAAACGAAGGGGACUCCAAAAUACGAUCAGUUUGUUGGUAAAUGGAACACUAUAUCGUGAUUAACCGCGCUGACAACGCUCAGGGACCUUCCAUUCAUCAACUCAUGGUGGAACUUGUGAAUGGCGUGCAAGCAACAUGCUGACACUGAACCACAGCACUGAGAAUUGCCAAAACUAGGAAGUUCAGGAAACAUAUUCAGCCUACAACUCGAAUCAUCUGAAGGACCAAAGAUGGAUUCCCAGAACCUGCUUUCAGAGUCUGGCCUCACGGAGCCCGACUCCAAAAACAGAACCAUACUUCCAGUAGUUUCUACAAUAGUUCCGACAGUCACCACCUCACAAGGCAAUGUCACCUCUACGAACCUCCGCAAAGUACCUCCCAGAAAGAAAAGUAAGCAAAAGGUAUCACAGUCGGACGACCACGCAAGUUCUCAGCGACAAGUUAAUAAAACUACAUAUCUCGUUCCUCAAAGCAGCAAACUUAGCCGAGCUGUAUAUAAUCAAAGUUCCAAGCCCUCUGAGCCCCCCGGGCCAGUAUUCAGCGCGGCGGACGGCGAUCCAGACGCAGACAGGGCUCGUCGGGAAUCUCUAGACCGCUCAGUGUGCAAGCAUGACCCAUGCAAGCACUCGUCGUGCCAUCCGAAGCCAGAAGAGGAAUCUGGCUUCAUCUGCAUAUGCGCAAACGACGUGAAAGUCCAGCCUGGGGAGGAGUGCGACAGUUAUCAUUUGAACUUCGAGCCGUCGGCCGAGCCCAUAAAGCCCCCGGGCGCCAUCACGUCGCAGGACCAGUACCCGAGCCACCCCCUGAGCGUGCUCGUGAUUGCGUCUCUGUUGAUCAUGAUCCUCCUGGCCUUCGUCUACUGGCGGAGGAAGACCCUGGUCACGUUACUAAGGCAACGUCACAGAGACAAGAAAUCCGGCCAACAGUCGCCAGUGUCCCUGGCGAAGAGUCAGUCUCUCCUGACGUACAACUUCGCCAGCAACCCCAAUUACUACGCUCAGGCCCCAGACAGCCUUCCCUUCCACACUCUCGGGGUCCACCUGAUUGAUAAGGAGCAGAUUGCGUUCAUCGGGGAGUUGGGGGAGGGCUGUUUCGGCAAGGUGUACAAAGGGAAAUACGGGCCGCGAUGUCCCGAGAACCUGGUGGGAGGCGACGCGUCGGGGGCUGAGAGCGGCAUGUCGGUGACGGUGGCGGUGAAGGUGCCGAAGGACUGCGCCGGAGUGGAGGCCGAGGCGGACUUCAUGCGGGAAGUGGAGAUCAUGUCCGCUUUCAGGCACGAGAACAUCGUGACCCUCAUCGGCAUCGUUGCCACGGACGCAGGUGGAAGGCCAUGGAUGGUGUUUGAAUUCAUGCCUUAUGGGGACCUGGCGGAAGUCCUAAGAUCUUGUAAUAAACAAUUUUAUUCCAACGACUCACCUGUAAAGUCCCUUGGAAAGGAAGACCUCUUGAGCAUGAGUGUGCAGAUAGCGUCCGGGAUGGAGUAUCUUUCGUCGCAGCACUUCGUCCACCGCGACCUGGCCUGUCGGAACUGCCUGGUGGGGGAAAACUUGUGCGUCAAGAUCUCCGACUUCGGGAUGUCGAGAGAUGUUUACACCUGCGAUUACUAUAAGGUCGGAGGGUCCCGGAUGCUGCCGGUCCGCUGGAUGGCGCCCGAGAGCAUCAUGUACGGAAAGUUCACCCUGGAGAGCGACGUGUGGUCCUUUGGCGUUGUCCUCUGGGAGAUAUACUCCUUCGGGAAGCAGCCCUACUACGGAAACUCUAACGAGCACGUUGUUAAGUUGAUCCAGCAAGGCAUUCUUCUGAGCCCCCUUGACACCUGCCCUGCUCAGGUAUGCGACGUCAUGCGCAAGUGCUGGUCGUCCGACCCGCACGACCGCCCAAAGUUCCCCGAGAUCCUCGCGCAGCUCAAAAAUAUCAUGCUUGGCCAGAAGGGUGGAACGCCGCCCCCCACGCCUCCCCCAAUCGCCUCCUCCAUCACCUACAGCGAGCUUUGCAUGCGGGACGAGAGCGGGCUCCAGCUGGACGCCGAUCAGUACCUUAUGCCGAAGAAGCCUGAGUAUAGGGAGUACCUUACGGUGUUGAGUGAAGUGUGAGCGCCUGUAGUGUUGUUGAAGAGUUCUGCCCCUGACCCCCCUGCUGUCCGCACCGACCAGCUUCGACCACGAGCCGCAUCAAGACACUGCAAAGCCUCUUACUAUUAGAUUGUCAAACUGUCGAGAUAUUGAUCCCUUUAUUCUACUUGCCAGAGUAAGCAUCAUGUUGCGUAUAUAUAUAUAUCUCACCAUGAAAAUGUUGACAUUUCUUUUUACAUACAUCCGUCCCAUUUCAAUGCUCUUAUUUUGUUGUAGUGUGUUCAAAAUGGAACCAAUUACCGAUAAUUUCUUGUUGUGUUUACAUUUUAUGGAGAACGAAAUCGACGAUUCAUCCGAAAACUUCUGCGAGACGAUUACUGAAUUAUGGCUCAUAUAUUGACACUUACACACUUGGUAUACGGUUGACUGACAACAUUCCUUUAUUUAACAGAAGAUAGAAAAUGUGUUUGCUCAUUACUUACUUUUAGCCAUGUAUUCCCUUUGCACUGUGUAUAUAGAGAAAUAAAUAAAUUAUAGAUUACCGCUA